CCCGCACUCCCCCUUCAUAACGGCGGGCGGGAGGGCUGCGUGUGAGGGGGGUGGGUGUUGUUGCUGCCUUUUCUUCUUCUAUGGAGCCGGGAGAUGAGGAGGAGGAGGCAGAGGGGAACCAGCGGGUUCCUCCUAUUGCAACAACUCCACCCCUUGGUGCUUGGAGGGAGGAAUCCUCCAGCCAUAGCAGUAGUGAAACCCAAGCAUCAGUCACCAGUGGGAUCUCCCUGGGAGAAGCAAUCUGCCAGAAGACUGCUGUUGCCUGGGGAACAGAGUCAUGGUACCAGCUUCCUGCAGAAGUGGAUGCCAGCUGCUUGGCUGCUGCCUCAGUGACAAAACUCAGCCUGACUUGUGACAGAAAUGACCUGACAGAGUUCCCUACACUGGAGGAAGGAGCCUUGCCCUCAGCAGAAGCAUCUCAAAGGCAGUAUCCUGGAGGUGCAGCACAUGGCUUACUGCUGGAUAUCCAGGACAGUCAGUGCUCUCCCUGUUUUCCACUGCUGAUGUAUUCAACACCAGGCCAAAGGCUUUCAGAUGAGACACUUCUCCAGCACUCAGAAAUGGAUUUUAUUCCCUUAAGAGGAGUCCCUGAUGCUUCUGCUGCAUCUGAGGAGCCUUCAAAGCCUUCUCCCAGCCAUGAGUUUGUGUCCUGGACAGAUGGAGAGUCUCCCUCUGGUGCCCCUAGUGACUUCUGUACUUUGUCCCAGCACCCCUUUUCCUUCAGAGAUGUGGAACCUUUUGGUGCCAGCUGUAGUGAUUGCUCCUCUCAGCCAACUUCUUCCUCUGGACAACAACUGGUGAACCAGGAGGCAGUUGGAGGGUGUGAAAAUGAUACUAAGGAGAAGGCACUGAUUCCCCAAGCAAGUCACAGUUUAGCAAAUGCCACUUCAGAGGGGUUGCUGAGCAAGGCAAACAGCCUGAAACAAGUGGAAGCUGCUCUUACAACUCAGACCUGUGGUAUGCCUGUAACAGAUGACUCUUUCUCCUGUGACAACCAGGUACCAGCUGCUCUUUUUGAGCUUUCAGAGGAAGAAAAGAGGUUCCUGAGGCAUGAAGAGUUCUCCUCUUCAGAAAACUCUUCCUGUAAAACAGCACUGUCUAAGAAUUCAGAAAAAAGAGAAAGAGAAGUGGAAAAGGGGAAGGUAAAAAUGGCUGAGAGCGAGUCAGAAGAGGGCAUGGGGCAGCUGGAGAAGGUGGAAAAAGAAAAAGAGGUUCCUGACCUUAAUUUGUUUAAUAAUUUUCCUGAUGAUCUGAGGAAAUACAGUUGUAAAAUUUCAGAAGCACAAGAUCUUUUUUCUGCUAAGGAUUCUGAAACAGGUGAAGGAAUGUCAGGGGGCUGUGGAGUGAGUUUCAGUGGCUCCAAAUGCUUGAAGUCUGUGGCUGAGGAACUCCUGGGAGCUUUCUUUGAUGGUGAUCAGAAACAAGUGAGAUUCUCUCCUGCAGUGAGAUUUGGGAAAGAGGAAUUCAUCCCUACUGUGGCAAGUGACUGUGCAGCUGAACAACCAGUUGUGACUGACAGGGAAGCUCCUUCUCCAUGUGGUGUGGAUGCCCCAGUGGAAGCAGAACCUGGAGCCAGCAGGAGUGAGUUAACUAGUUCAGACUUUUCCAUAGAAAGGGGACAUAAAGUUACAGGCAUUUCCCCCUCCUUUAAUCUUGUAGGGGAUGGCUCAUUCUCUGUACACUUGGCUCAUCCAAGCUAUCAGUCCACUCCAGGGAUAGUUCUGAGGAGAAAUGUUAAGGCAGGAGAACUUGGUGUCCCUGUGCUCAAAGCAGAUACUCAGGCCUCUCCUUCAUGCCCAAAUGAAGAAGCUUCAGAGAACUCUGCCAGCACACCUCUGUCUGAGGGGCAACGUUCACUCCAAGCUGCUCAGAAAGAACACAGUCAGCUUUUUGAGUCCUUAAAGUGGAAAUAUCCCCACAGUGGAAGGAUUCAGUCUCUCCCAUCACUUAAUUUCAUGGAGAAGGUUGGAGCUUGGGAUGUGAGCCAAGCAGAGGAUGCAUCUGAGGCAGUGACUUCCUGUGAUCCAGGUGGAGUUUCUCCUAGAAGGAAAGCCUGGAGUGCUAUUGCCAGUUCUUCCAACAAUAUUCUGUCAAUACAGAGGAGUGGUAGAGACCCCAAAGAUUGUGUUGCUGCUUCCUCCAGAGGGACAGGUUCCUUGGGAAGUUGGUGUUUUCACAAUAAAAACUUCCUGCUUGUCCACUCUCCUCUUGCUAGAUCCCAGUCUGACAACACAGUAAAUGUUUCCAGCAGGAAGAUGGAAGUUACUCCACCAGCAAACUCAGCAGAGGCAGCACAGUCUCUAGAAGGACAAAGUCAUGUUUUAGAAGUGUCUGAAAAUAGUUUGGGAGGCUCCAAGUCACAAAAGUGUUCAGCUGAGAUUGUUUCUGGACCCAGUGGUAGAGAGAAACAAAGUAAUUUUAGAGGACAAAGUUCAGACCCAAAUGUUUUUCUUUCUGGUGAAGCAGUUGCUCAGCUCCUCAAGGAGGAUGGAAACUCUUCAGCUGAUGACCAAAAGAAUUGUGAUGCUCUUGGAAAGGAGUCUCACAACCUAAACAUGCCUUCUGACCUUAUCAGCAGGGACAACUUUGGUGAUAUUUCCCCUGACAGUUUGAAUUUUCUUGUAACUCCUGGGGAAAGCAGCCAGAGGGGCUUGGGCUCUGCAGGUUGCCCCUCUGGGGUGUCCAGGCACAUCUUCAGCAGUGGGAAAGAUGAUGACUUCAUCCCUGUUGGAGCAACUUCUUUGGAAACUCCAGUGAAAGAAGAGCUUAAUAUUGAAGAAAGGAUCCCAAUAUACCUCCACAACCUGGGCAUUGAUCAGUCCCCUGGAACUAUCCUGAUGCCAUUUGCACCUCGAGGACCCAUCAGGGAGGUGGAAUUUUCCCCUUCAGAGCUUAGAACACUGAAGGAUUCCACUGACACACUGACAAGGACAGCUCCACAGCCACAAGGCAAAUUCCCAUCAGCACUUCAGAUUACACCAACAAAUUAUAACCCCAGCACUUCUGCUCUCAAUAUGUCCCUACCAACGAGCUCAGAACUUGGCUUUGGUCUUCUGUCACUCUGUGAACUCUCUCCCCACUUCUCAAGAUCUUCUGGAGACAAACCCACGAGUCAGUGCAGUGUGUUGUGCCACCAGCUGGAGGGAGCUUCUCCCUGUGCCCCUCAGGAGGAGUCAGAGUGUUCAGCUAUCUCCAGAGGAGCAGAACCAAACCAGCAGCAGCCUUCCCCUGACUGUCUCUCUGACAGAGAGAGUCCCAUGCUCCUUGCAAAACAUCUUGAAGAACUGCUGGCUAAAAGUGAGCCCCAAGAAGUGAGGAGCAGCCCCCUGAGCUGGCCUGCUGGUUCUUCAGCUGGAGGGAAAAGGGAAAUGGAAGUGGACAGAGGGUCACAAACCUCAAGUGUAGGGAGUAAGAGAACCAAGGGUCAGGAAAGUGAUUCCUUGGUUGGAUCUGGUGCAUUGCAAGAAAUACACAAGCUCUUGGCAGAGGCAGAGGAUAUAGCUGGCAGGUCGUGUGAUCCUGUUGUGUCCACUGCCUCUGCUAGAAAAAUGGGUGAGACUUCCCCAGGGCUGACUAAAAAAAAAGAUGGCACUGAAGGUUUCAGGUUAGUGAAAGACAGGAGCCCUCAGUUCCAGAAAAUGCUGUCCUGGGUGGAGACUCUGACCCAGAGGAGUAUGGAAGAAGAAGAGUCAUUAGCCAAGCCUCUGAAUUAUAAAACAGGCACUUUGAAAUGGGAAAAUCCUUUUGAAGCCAACUUGCACAAUCAUGGAGAGAUAGUUAAGGAGAUGACCAAAGAGUUCAGGACAGAAAAAUCUGCAGGAAGGUCUGAGCCUGAAGGCUGCAGUAGUGUAACUACAGACAGAAACCAACCUGGGGUUGUGGGGCUUGCCCAGAGCAAUGGGAGCAGUGAGGGCAGUGCUGGGAGAACCUCAGAGCUGGGGAAUCCAUCCUCCUCAGCCACUCUAGGCAGUGUCACCAGUGCUGCAGGAGACUUCCAGAGCAUGUUGGCCAAAGCUGGGGGAGCUGGAAGCAAGGCAGGAGGCACAGGAGGGAGUGAAGACAGCAGCAGUGGGGAUUCACUAGCUGCCCAUGUCAGAAAUCUUCUGAGGAGUGGCUCACGUGCAAGAGAAACACUGAAGAGUGGAGAGGGAGAGCAGAGGACAGCACAAGCAUGGAUGAAGCUGAGGCUGGGCAGCCAAUCCCAGGAGUCUGUGACAAGCUUGAAUGAAGAGCACCACCAAAGAAUAGAGGAGAUAAAGGCAGAGCUGCUGCUGAGUGCCAAGAAAUCUGCACUUGCCAAGGAUUCCUGGGGAUGCAGUUUGGGAGCUGCUUUUGGUUACAGCCAUAAGGAGGGACUGAACACAAACCCUUUGGAAGCUUCCUGUGACAACAGGUUUCCAGCUGACAGGCAGACACCAGCAGUCAGGAGUAAAGAGCUCUCAGAGUCAAGCUUAAACCAAGCUGUGCCUUUCUACAGAGCUGAUCCUGCUGAGUGCUGCCUGCUGAAGGAUGUGGGGUCUCAAUCUUGGAGUACCCACCAGGCACUGCCCUGCAGCCCCCAUCAGACCAUUCCAAGUGCUCAUCCUGAUGCUGGUGAACCUCAUCCAUCACUGCAGAAGGAAUGGGACAUGUGUGUGACAAGCUCUGCAGCUGCUUCUGAUGCACAAGUCCUUUUCCCACCUGAGAAGCAGCUCUCUGUGGAAAAGAGUCCUGAAAAUGUGACCAAGCACAUCACUUCUAUCACCUUUGCAUCCCAAAAACGUUUGCAGUCACCACUGACUUCCCUGCUGCUUGGGAGCAGUCUUACAAGAGGUGGUCUGGAUGGGGUGAUGCCCUGGGAGGUUGGUUCUGCUGGCACUGAGGAACAGAGCCAUGGUAAACAGCCCUGGGAAAGAUCUAAGACCUCUCCCCCUCCAAGCCCAAUGCUUGCUGGCUCUGUCUCUAGUCAGAUUGCUUUUACUGCUGAGGAAGACAGGUUUCAUCAUGUCUCUACUGACAGUAACAGAGCUGGAGCUCAUCAAGAAGCAGCCUGUUUGUCAGAUCAGGAUUCUCCAAGCAUCCAUGCUGAUGGAAGCCAUCCCCUUCCUGCACAAGCUCCUCAUGUUCUGCCUCAGGAUGUGAGUGCACUGGGCAGGCACAGUGCCAGGCUCCUGGGGCUUGACUGUGCCACAAGAUUCAAUCCAGAAACAAAUAGAUUGAGUGAACCUCAUUCUGUAAGCUCUUCCCAGCAGGAGAAAAGCAGCUCACCUGGCCACAUCCAGGUGUGUCAGAGCUUGGAAGGUUCAGGACCAACCACACAAAGUGAUUUACUGAAGGGCCACAUGAAGUUGUUGGAAGAAAAGCAGAAAAGCCCUUCUGCUGAGGUACCUCUCCUUCAGAAGGAGGCUGGGAGGGAGCAAAGCUGCACCUCUCACCAUGCAGCUGUUGCUGAGGGGUUACCCACCACAUCUCCAUCUCCAUCACCAGCCAAGAAGGUGCUGUCCUGUGUCCACAUCACUCUGUCCUCCAAGUGCAGUAACUCAGAGCUGCAGAGAGGCUUGGUUACUGAAAAGGAGAUGAGAUCCUGGGAGAAACCUGAAGUUAAUACUCAGCCUGUGUCUUUGAAAACUGCAGAAACUUUACUAGGAGCUGCUUCUGACUUUGCUCACCUUGGUCCAGAAGAUCCAAGAUCUUCCUCUUUCCCACCAACAGUGUCUGCAGCAGAUCCCUGCUUAGUGCUUCCUUCUGCUCCAGGCACAGCAGGGCAAGGGCUGCCCCUGCAGAGCUGGCAGAGCCCACAAACUCCUCUUCUGGGUUCAGGGGCAUCUAAUCUGAAGGACAUCUCCAUCUCCCUAGUUCCUGCAAAAACUGGGAAAAGCACUUCUGAUGCUGCCACUCAGAUAACAACAGAAAGUCCUGAAAAAACCACCUUUUCAGCAGAAAUUUGUAUUCAUUCAGAAGGUGGUGGCAAUGCUGUGCACCAAGCCCCUCUCCAGAGAGCACCAGAGCUUCCCAACAAUCCAGCAUCUCUUAACAGGAUUCCCCCUUUCCCAAGGCAGGGUGAUCAGCCCUUACUGCUGCCCUACAGACCUUCUGGAAGCACUGGGAUGUAUUAUGUUCCUUAUUCCAGGGCAAGACCCCAAAUGUCUCCAGGGUCAAAUGAGGCUCUUCCUCCAAGUGCUCCAGCAAAAGUGCUUGGUUUAAAUCAGAAUCCCCCAGACAGUGCCACUCUCAAGCAGAAAGCAGGAAUCUACAGCAAGAGGACCAAACCCAAGCUAGCCUGGGCUGAGGAACAAAUGGGAGCUUCCUCAGAGCACACAGAUCAUUCCAAGGCUGUAAAAACCACUCAUCCAGUCUUCAGAUCUGCACAACUCCACCUUCCUCACCCAGAGCCCAUCCCUCAGAGUUCCUUUCUGUCCAACACUGAGCUGCCAGAGGACAGUUGUGGUGUGGCACAGACUGGGACUUCCCCAGGUGCUGUCCUGCAGAAACAGAGGAAGGCACAGCCUCAGCAGUUGGGUUUCUCUCCUGGCCACAAACCAGGUGGUGACAAUGAGUUCUUCCCACUCACUGCAGAAGCAGAUCACAGCAGGAAUGAGGAUCUGGAUGUCAGCACAGCUCUGGGGGACAAAACAUCAGGGAGGGAGCCACAGGGCAGAAGAGAAGCAGGACAGAAGGCAGGUAGAAGUUAUCCUUUGCCUCACCUGGAUGAGAGUGUGGAGAAAGAACUGCCACCAAGACAGAGAACCCACUCCAGUGGGAGCUUAGAUGAACUCUGGAUUAAGUUUUUGGAGUGCCAGAAGAGGCACCAGCACCAUCAUUCCAGGAGUGAGCUGACCCUGGUUGAACGUCUGGAGAGGUUGGCCAGGCUCCUUCAGAGCCCCAUGAAGCAAACACUGAUAGCUCCCAAACCUGGGAAGAAUGUUUGUGAAAAGGAUCUGAAGGGAAGAGAAGAGAAGAAAAGGAGACAGGCAGAAAAGAGCAUGUUUAGAAGUACCUUGGAGCCUGAUGCAGCAUGUGUUGGAGACAGACCACAUGUCACCCAUGAUAAAAAUAGGUUUGUUGAGCUCAGGAAACACAGGUCAGGAGAGAAACUCCUCUGCCACAUGAACAGAAUUGUGGAGCACCAGCAGUACUUGGAAACUCCAAGUGACACUUCCUCAGGGUCAAGGCUUAGCAGAGAUCCCAGCACCACCAUUGCUUCCACCACUUCAGAAUCAGAUGUGGUGACCCUGACAGAGGUGGAAACUGCUGCUCAGACUGAGGUGAGCAGUUCCAUUUCCACCAUUGACACUGCCAGGCUGAUCAGGGCCUUUGGGCAUGAAAGAGUGGAGGUGUCCCCAAGACUGUCCCAGCUUUACUGUGCCAUCAACCACCAGAAAAGGCACUCGGAGAAAUGGGACAAGGGAAGUGGCAAAGCAGAGGGUGUAAAAUAUCCCAAGGUUGCUCCUGAGAGACAUGAGAAAAGGAAAGAGAUCCAGGAGGCAACCUCCCUUUCUUUGGAUUCCACUUCCUCAAGCAGCAGCAGCAGCAGCUCCUGGGGGCCCAGCCCUGCCCUGACCCACAAGCGAAGGACACGGAUGCUCAGCAAGGGGAUCCAGGCAGGACACCUGGAGAUCGUGAGCAGCGCAACGAAGAAAAACACUCGGGAUGUUGGUGUGACUUUUCCUACCCCAAGCCCUUGCCAGCCAAAUCAACGGCCCCAGGAACCCUGGUGUUGUGUUGAUGGUAUUUUUGGAGGGUCAGAUGGUGUGGUCACAGAUCACCAGGCAGCAGGAAGCAAGGAAAAGCAGAAAGGACAGCCAGGCAAUUUUUUUGUGGAGAAAAGGGCGAAAAGGAGCAGGCUGCAUUUACCACGAGGAAUUUCAUGGUUUGUCCAAGCAGAAGGUUUGAAAUCUGAAUCUAGGAAAGAAAACCAUUCCAGUCCCUUUCCUGGUCCUGGUCCCUCUUGGUUUGAACCCUUGCCCAACACAAAGUCUUGGAGAGAGCCUCUCCGAGAGAAGAACUGGGAAGAGGAGCAGCAGAGGAACAGGGCUCAGCCAGGACUUCCAGGCAGAGCUGCUGAGGAAAGGUCCUCACGACCACUUGGGAAGCUUACACUGCAGGAGGCUCUUGCUGUGCAUCGCCCCGACUUCAUCUCCCGCUCUGGGGAGCGUGUGAAGCACCUGAAGCUUGUGAUGGAGGAGAGGAGGCUCCAGAGUGAGCUCCAGGCUGAACGAGAAGAGCUGUUUAAUCCUCUGGAGAAGAGAAAAGGCUACAGGAAUGCAAGUCACAUGCUGUCUGACAGAGGUUUUCUGAUCAGAGAGAAGAGAAGGACAAUCCCAAGGAGUGAAAUGGUUCAGAGAUCGAAACGGAUCUAUGAGCAGCUGCCAGAGGUGCAGAAGAAGAGAGAGGAAGAGAAGAGAAAAAUGGAAUACAACUCCUACCGCCUGAAAGCACAGCUCUACAAAAUGAAAAUCACCAACCAUGUCUUAGGGAGAAAGGUGCCUUGGAACUGAUGGAGAUCAACUCAAAUGAAGGCAUCUUGUGCUUGGUGACCUUGGAGCAUCAGUGAGGUUGUGAUGUGGAAAAGGAGAAUGCAGUAAACAGUGGUGUGCAGCGUGUGUUGUGUGGCAUUCAACUGGGUCCUUUUUUACUAACUGCUAUUUUGCUGGAUUUAAAAAUGAAGGAUUUGAUGUGACAGCUUUUGAAAUAAAUGGCUGGGGGGUUUUAUUUUUUUACUUUUUUAUAAGAGCACAACAGCACUACAAGAGUAAACAUACUUUGGGAGUGCUUGGUUCCUACUGUAUUUAUAACUCCCUGAUGGGAAUAGCCAUGGGGUCUAUUUAUUUUAAAGCCUUUUUAACAACGAGCUGUUAUUUUUUUUAACUUCCUAUCUCCAUGUGGAAAGCCUAUCAUGUUUUGUACUGCAAAAAAAAACCCUUCAAUAAAUAACAUCACACCAGUUUGUA